UGCAGACGACAAAACACGCGGAAUUAAAGAUGAACUUUCACUCUGUCAUGAUAAGGUUAUUAGAGGUCAGAUCUCUUGGUGAAAACAUACAAUACCAGCGUGUCCUAUUACAUUCUUCAUUGCAUUCUCCGCAGGUGAACGGGACGGAGCGCCUGCUGUUUAUCUUGAUGAUUUAAGGAAAUCUGCACCCAGCAAAGCACAGUAAAAUAAAGAUCUCUUUGAAAUUUUCAUCACCCCUAGGAACUGACCGCUAGGACUGGACUUGUGUCUUUCAGAAGAACCCGGUGUAUUCGCGAUUCUCUGGUAAACACUGAAUGUUACAUUUCACAGGUAAUUGAAUUGGUGACCAGGAAACUUGAUGAUGAAUGUCUACAAGAUCUUAACACAAGAUUUACAGUCGACAAUAAUCCACUCUGCAUUGUGUAUCCUUGCAAUCAUUCUUUCUCUACCUGUUGCUUCAGUUGCUUUACCAAUAUGGUUGGUUUUUCUAUUCUCCCAAUGGGCAGCGGCGAUUUGGAUCCUGUUUUGGAAAAUGGGCCAAAUCCUUUCUACGAAAGACGUGCCGUUUGCACAGGAAAGGGACGCUCGUAACUUCAUAACUUGUCUGUUCACUGUCAAGGGGAAUCUAAGCGUACGUGUUUUGCGGAAAGCGUUCUGCAAGAAAAUUUUGCAAGGCACCGAAGAAAGCUACAUACGUUUAAAGCAAUGCGUGCAUUACAAAAUGGGGCGAUAUAUUCGACGAGACGAAGAGAAUUUUGACGUACGAAAGCAUAUAUUUAUGUAUAAGGGGAAGACACCAGUCAACGAUGAAGAAUUGGCUGGAUGUUACAGUGAACUUGUCAACCAGAGUAUGCCAAAUCACAUCUCACCUUGGCAGUUAAUUAUCAUACCGCACGGGAAGAAAUCAGGCGCAAAAACGUUUGCAAUGUGCGUCAGAAUUCAUCACACGAUCGGCGAUGGAUUUUCUCUGGUAGCUCUGUUCGCCAAAGUGGUUGAUAACAAACCAGUCCUCGUAACCCCGAGUGUUAAAAGGCCCGUCGUGAGCAGUUCUUGGCGGAUUCUUCGGGCCAUUUACACAGGACCAUUAGUUUUGCUUGCUUUAAUUUUUUCGUCGACUGAAAACCCAUUUCGACGUCGCAAAGACUCGUUUGGAAAAGUUAAAGUCGCGUGGACAAAACCAUUCCACAUGGAUGACAUUAAAAGAUGCAAGAAUAAAUUUGGCGCAACGGUUAAUGACGUGCUAACUGGUUGUCUGGCUGGAGCAAUGCGACGUUACCUGACUAACGCAGGAAUGAAUACUCAUUCGGAUUUACAGAUUGCACUCACGAUAAACAGCCGAUCAAUAACGAGCAUCACCGAGGGUCAAGUGCCUCUGGAAAACAAUAGUUCUGGUGUGUUCUUUAGUUUACCUGUAUCUACGCCUACUCUGCCUGAACGCAUUAAGGCCACUAAACAUCGCAUGGAUUUUAUCAAGAGUUCAACAGAGCACAUCGUGUUUGCCUUUCUCUUUAAAUAUGCAAUUGCGUUCGUCCCCGCCUUCCUAGGGCGAAUUGCAAACCUUUUUAUCAACCGAUGUUGUUGUUUGGUGAUGAGUAAUGUUCCAGGACCGCUCAACCAGUUGGAACUAGUAGGAAACGUCGUAGAAUCUGCAAUGGUGUGGCCGCCUCUCAUCAGUGAUACCGGGAUAUCUGUCGCCGUAUUUAGCUACGCUGGUAAGGUUAGAGUCUCUGUGAAAGUCGACACCGCUGUCAUCUCAGAUCCAAUGAUUCUUAUGGAUCAUUUUACCAAAGAGAUGGAAGAUCUCGUUGCUAUGACAACUGCUGACGAAGGUUUGUCGUGAUCCAAUUAUGCGUACUUACGUUAGUCAAUUUUUAAUUUCUUGUAUGGACAAAUGCCAGAACAUGGUUGUUUCAAGCUCUAAUUAACGCUUCGUUUUUCUCCCUUUUUGCACGGUGGUUCAUUAAAAACUUUAGACAAGAAAACACCUGCUUUCAAUAUCCAUACAAAAAUGAAAUGAUAAAAAAAUGAUUUUUUUAUAUUUCGAAGUCCCAUUCGUAUAUUAGUUAUUUAUUCCUAUGGAAUGGACAAAUGAAUAACCAGGGUUGAAAUUUUAGUAAAUUAUAUUUAGAAAGAUAAAAACGAUAGGAAAGAAUAAAAUUAUUGCUUAUAUAUAAUGACAUCUGUGAUGUAUUGUAUUCGACGUCAUUGUCGAUAGAUAAGGUUUGAAACUCAUGAGGAAAACGCCGAGGGUUCGAGAAACGUCGUCUUAUUCAGAACACUUCAUUGCUGCAGAUCUUUCCAAGUUCCAACUUUAUCUUGCUUCUAAACGACUAGUAAUAUUUCAUGACAUCACGACAUGAUUUCACGACAUUGAAUGAUUGCUUGAUUGCGCAAAAAAGUGUUAUUUUUUCUCGUGCAUGGGCGUGUGUCUUUACAUAAAUAAACAUGAGCAAAAGAUUGAGCAACAAAUGAACAAAUGCUGUGUCUUCAAACGUCAGACAUAUCUUUUUGGAUGUUUAAUGUAUCCCGUUUCUACUCUCUUCAGUAAAACAGUCCUGAUCUUAACCUGAGCUGCUAUAGUUGAUCUAAUCACAUCCAUGAAGUGUUUUUCAAUAGACGGCUUGCAAAAGCGUUGUAAUGCUUAUGCAUACCUCUCGAACAAUGUGCUGUUGUACGUAGCUUUAUUUAUGUGGUCAUUUUCUAAACUCGUUACGAAACCACGAAGUAGUGAGUAGUCUAACGUAGAGCAUUUGAAUAAAUACUUAUCAAGCAUACUGAUCGUACGUAAUCCUGGAAGACGGAACAGUGGAAUAUUUACAAGUAGAAUUUUAUAGUAAUAUUUAGUAUUUGGCAUUUUUAUCACAAAAUAUAAUAUUUUGGUAAUAUAUUUUGUUAACUUUGCAUCGUCAACCGCGCCUGUCUUUCUGCACGUCCAUCCCUACCUUCUUUUACAGGAGGGAAUAUACCGGAUACUUAGAGCCCG